AUGAGAGUUUUUGGGAUAAUAUUCUUAGUACUAGCAGUCGCCUGUGUUGCAAAAUGCGGCGAGGCAAAUGAAAAGAAAACUGGAAAGCGUGGCAUCAUCGGAUUUGGGGGAGGUGCUGGAUUUGGAGGAGGCGCUGGAUUUGGAGGAGGUGCUGGAUAUGGCGGUGGCGGCGCUACCGUUUCUACUGUCAGUCAAACUGUUCCUGUACCAGUACCACAACCCUAUCCAGUCAGCGUAUCUAGACCUGUACCAGUUCCUAUUCCUCAACCCAUAGAAGUACCAGUGCCAAGACCUGUUAAGGUGUCAGUGCCAGUACCACAACACGUCGAAGUACCAAGACCAUAUCCCGUCGUAGUUAGGCGGCCAGUACCAGUUCCAGUACCAACACCUGUCAGAGUACCAGUACCACAACCCUACAAAGUAUCUGUCCCACAGCCUUACCCAGUAUCUGUCCCUCAACCUAUUCCAGUUAGAGUUCCACAAACUGUUGUAGUACCAGUAGCUCAACCAGUCGUAGUUGGAGGAGGUGGUGGAGGAGGACUAGGCGGUGGACACGAAAUUGGCAUUGGAGGAAUUGGUGGUGGCUAUGGAGGCGGAUAUGGCGGUUCUAUUGGAAGUAUUGGAGGAGGAUCCAUAGGAGGCGGCCAUGGAAUCGGACUAGGAAGUUCUCUUGGAGGUGGUCUGAAAGGUGGUUCCAUAUCUAUUGGAGGAGGAGGACUUGAUGGAGGAUUCGGAGGAGGUCAUGGAGGUGGACUUGGAGGAGGUUACGGUGGAGGAUAUGGAGGAGGAAUUGGAGGAGGUUAUAGUGGUGGUUACGGAGGAGGAAUUGGAAGUGGAAUCUCUCUUGGUUCCAAGGGAGGUUUGGGAUCUAUCGGUGGCAUCGGUGGAAGUUCAGGCGGCUACAAAUAUUAG